AUGAAAGAGGCAGAUGAGCUUCUAUCUCACUUCCAGUCGAAAAAAGUUUACUUCCCGUUCGUGGAUGUACCGGAAAACAUCUCAGCCGCCUCCAUGGCGAAGACCCGUCCCUUCCUCUUCUUAGCGAUUCUCACUAUAUCGGCAACGCGGCGGCCGCUCCUGCAGAGAAAGCUCGAUGAGAGAUUCCGGCGAGUAUUGAGUGAAAGGAUUGUUCUCCAAGGAGACAAAAGCCUAGAUUACGUUCAGGGUCUCCUGGUCUAUCUUGCAUGGCACCCUAUACACAUUCGGCCAUUGAACAAUCAGAUGUGGCAGUACGUUCAAAUCCUCCGAGGUAUGCUGUCGGACCUGAGGUUUGACCAGAAGCUACACGAAACGGCUGCGCGCAAUGCCUGUCUCGGAUGCUAUAACCUGUCCUCGCUAUUUGCUCUUGGCUUUCAGCGACGCAGCGACUCGACGCUGUAUGAAAUUAUAAAGUCUACUAUUGAAGGAACUGCACCAAUCGACCAAGAUGACAGUCACCAUACGCUGCUUUCCAAGACCCAGAUGCUGUGGGAGACUGUAGCUCGAACAUCUGAGCAGGGGGAUUUGCUGACGAAGCCAGCUUCGCUACGUAUCUCGAUACUGUCGCUGAAAGUGGUCACAGCGUAUCUCCCUUGGAUGGUUCAUAGCCCAAGCUCCAGCCGUAAAUCAUCACACCACACCCGAUCAUUUGAGUACCAACCAUGUGAACAUGUGAAGGAAGCAAGAUCGUGCCUAGCGGAGAUCCGAGGCUUUUUCGAUUACUUUCUCUCGUUACCAGCAGGCCAAUACAUCUACUUUUCCAUCAGGGAAUGGUGCCAGCUAAUUCUUACAAUCAGCACUGCCUCACAGAUAUGCUUUCUCACUCACCCCUUCAUGAACACCCAAUGGUACGAUUUUCAGACUAAGGCGCGAUCGACCAUGCAAAUAUACCUGGAAAGCCUCUUACACCGCAUGACGACCUUAUCCGUCUCGAAGACUGGCGACACACCAGACAUUUUCUCCAUGUUCAGAUCGGUCUUGGAUGUUGUUCUGGAAACAUAUGCUGUCGCCAGGAUCAACUCUCCCUUGCAGUCGGAUCCGGAUCCCUCGGGUACUGAAGGCACGGACUCUCCGAGUGUGGGUGCAACGAGCACGACGUCCAGACGGUGUCCCAUGAUGAAUGGGAGCAUCAAACAGACGGAGUUCUGGGAGGCAGUGCAGCAGAGUAACACCCUCUGUGGAGGAGUUCCGGAAGCCAGGAGCAGUGGUCGGUAUUCAGGAGCGUUCGGGGCUGGUAUGGAUGGACUAUUCGAUGAUGCUCAGGAUUGGCCGAGUUUGUUUUCCGAAUGGGUCAGUUUUACCUAA